UUAAAGCCGUGCUUUCAAUAUUAAAUAAAAUACAUAACAAAAGUUAGAUUUUACGUUUUCACGGAAACUAUGCGCUGUAUGUUACGUUUUAGGUUUGAUAGGCUUUGGCAUACCAUUGACGUACAAAUUGUCGAACACCGCUGAAGGGCGCCGCGUUACCACGCGAAAAUGGCGCGCAUCGGCUGCUGUUGCAAGAAGGCGGCCAAGUACGAAAAAUGAGAAAGCACGACUUUUCGAUUCGAUACGUCGACGCAGUAAGUUGGAAAGAGUUUCCGAAGCGUUGGGACGUGUUUGGAUGUGUGUCUUACGCCUGCGUGUCGCUCGAAUAACGUAGAGCUUCGCUAGAAGGGCAGUUCGCGUCAUUUUUGUCAGCAGUCAAUAGCAAGAAAAAAAGAAUGACGGCGACUUUGGAACCCGGCAAGAUUCGUCGACUCGACGAAACCGUCACGAACCGCAUCGCUGCCGGAGAAGUGGUCCAGCGACCCGUUAACGCGCUCAAGGAGAUGCUCGAGAACAGCAUCGACGCCAAGUCCACGAGCAUCCAAGUGGUGGCCAAGAGCGGCGGACUCAAACUCCUGCAGAUCAAGGACAACGGAUGCGGCAUCCGCAAGGAGGACCUGGACAUCGUCUGCGAGCGCUUCACCACCAGCAAGCUGGUCAAGUUCGAGGACCUCGGCUCCAUCGCCACGUACGGUUUCCGGGGCGAAGCCCUGGCCAGCAUCAGCUACGUGGCCCGAGUCAGCAUCACCACCAAGACGGAGGACUCGAAGUGCGCGUACAAGCUGUCGUACCUGAACGGCAAGCCCACGGGGCCCGCCAGGCCGUGCGCCGGGAACCGAGGCACGCUGAUCGUCGUCGAGGACCUCUUCUACAACGUUCCCACGAGGAAGAACGCCUUCAAGAGCCCCGGCGAAGAGUACAGGCGCAUCGUGGACAUGGUGAGCCGCUACGCGGUCCACAACGCGGGCAUCGCCAUGUCCGUCAGGCAGGCCGACGACUCGUCGACGGACGUGAACACGGCGAGCGAAGCGAGCGCUCUGCAGAACAUUGAGUGCAUCUACGGCAAGAACGUCAGCCGCGAGCUGCUGGCCGUCGAGUGCGCCGAGGCCAACCUCAAGUUCAAGAUGACGGGCCUCGUGUCGAACGCCAACUGCUCGUACAAGAAGUGCACGAUGCUGCUCUUCAUCAACCACCGGCUCGUCGAGAGCGCCACGCUCCGCAAGGCUAUCGAGUCUGUCUACGCGUCGUACCUGCCCAAGAACGCGCACCCCUGGCUCUACCUGUCGCUCGAGAUACACCCGGCCAACGUGGACGUCAACGUCCACCCGACCAAAAGGGAGGUGCACUUCCUGCACGAGGAACUCAUCCUGGAGAGCAUCCAGAAGGCAGUCGACUCCGCACUCCUGUCCUGCAACUCGUCGCGGACCUUCCUCACGCAGGCAUGCCUUCCGCGCAUCGUGCCGACUAAGUCUGUCUCGGCCGCAGCCAAGAAAGCGGACAAGGCAGGCACGUCCACUUCGGUCGACGAGAGGCACAUGGUCCGGACAGACUCCCAGAUGCAGAAACUGGAUGCCUUCCUCAAAAAGCCCUCGCCACAGGCCGGAAAGAAAAACUCGAGCCAGCCUGCGCGCCCUGAUGAGCCGGAUGACAACAGCGACGAUGACUCAGCCGCAGAGCGACCUCAAGUCAAGUUGCAGAGUGUCACGAAUCUCUGGGAGGCAGUCAUCAAAAACAGCCAUGCAGGUCUCCGGGAACUGUUCCGGAAUCACACAUUCGUUGGCUGCGUCAACCAACGAUAUUCCCUUGUUCAACACAAGACCGAGUUGUACAUCAUCAACACGCGAAGAGUGUCCGAAGAACUCUUCUACCAGCUAAUGCUCAAAAACUUUGGCCGCUUUGGCCUGUACCAGCUGUCUGAGCCCGCUCCGAUCUAUGAUCUCGCAAUGAUGGCUCUAGGCCUCGAAGAAUGUGGGUGGACGGAAGCGGACGGCCCCAAGGAGGAACUUGCGCGCUACAUGUCGACGUUCCUCACAUCAAAGGCCGAGAUGCUUGAGGACUACUUUUCGUUGGGCAUCAACGAGUCGGGAGAGAUCACUUCCCUGCCCAUAAUUCUCAACGACCACACACCACCGGUAGAAGGGCUUCCCAUGUACGCUUUGCGGCUUGCGACGGAAGUCGAGUGGGAGAAAGAGCAGGAGUGUUUUGAAACAUUCUGCCGAGAGACGGCACGGUUUUACGCGGGUCCCACGAUAGACGUCGGUCAGGCCGACGACCCGAAUGGCUGGAAAUGGGUGACUGAGCAUGUUGUGUUUCCGGCAGCGAAGCAAACGCUUAGACUGCCUGUUGAGUACAUGGAGAACUCUUGCGUGUUGCAAGUGGCGAGUUUGCCGAACCUAUACAAAGUGUUUGAAAGGUGUUGAUUUUUCUUUGAGGGUAGGGGGAGGUGCGUUAUGAUUAGCAGUUGAAUAUAUUGUUUUGCCACAA